AUGUUCCUGGCACCACCUGGAGUGCAUAAAACCGAAUAUGCAUGGGAAUGUAGGGAGCAACUCUCCGACCUGAGAGAACUGCAUCAUGCGCGUACCGCCUCCUCUGGCCCGAGACGUGACGGGCUGGACAUUGACGGCCCAAGCUCCUCCAAUAGCGAAGCAACCGGCGAGGAGUGUCAUGAAAUGGAUGGCAGACUUGAUUCGAGGACUGGCUUUGCAUGCCCUGGCCGAGUGCAGGUUGUCGAGGCUCAAUCGUCCUCACCCCAUGAACCCCACCACACAAUCAUUCCCAAGGAGCCAUGGCAAAAACACACCGACAACACCCCCGAGAACGUUGAAUGUAGAGAGGGAAAAGACCUGGACGGUUCUUCAUCGACGUGCGGCGAAGAGGGCACUGACCCGGCGGUCCAAAGGGUCCCAGGUGGUUGGGAGUUUGGGGACACCGAUGAGACAAUCGUAAGAGAAGGAGCGGCGCCGCUUGCUGUGACUCCUGGCGGAGAUUUGCAUCUGUUGCCUUGGCUUCUUUGGAAUGUCCGGCGUAUCUGGUGGUGGCUUCACCAGGACUGGCAGGAUUUCUGGACAGCGACUCACCAGCCUGGGGAACAUUCAACGACAUCUCCUCAAUCAGGUCUAUCAAUACGGCAGAACCAAGGCUCUAGGGGUGGAAAGAGACGAAGAGAGCGAACCGAGUCGGCUGACGAAGCAGAGCGGGACAGACCAUCAUCGGGCAAGUCGAAACGUGCCCGGCGGCCCAAAGAACCAGGGCCCUCUUGGCCCCUCGCCUGUCCUUUCUGUAAAAAGGAUCUCCAGCAGUAUCAAGCCUGUGUCAAACUCAAGUUGACCAAGGUGCGCUACGUCAAGCAACAUCUUCACCGGAAGCACAGGGACGAUAUCGAAGACUGGGUAAUGUUCCGCCUCAGACUGAGAUCAGCGCCUGGCACUGAAGAGGAACAAUGGUACAGGAUAUUCGACCUACUGUUCCCUGGCCACUUGCCCCGACCCGCCACACCGUACAACGAUUGUACAGUUUGUAAACGAGCACAGCCGUUCCCUGAUACCUCUCCAACCGAGGAAGCGCUCUACGUUUCCGGCAUGUUUUUGACAGGAGAAUCUGUCCAGACUCUCCAGCAGUUUCUUGUCCAAGACUCUGCGUUAGCGAGUGUUGCGGCGGAUGAUAUCCGCGGAGCUUUGGACCGUGCCUUGUCUCGAGUUUUCAUGGAGCAAACAUCGCAUCAGAACCCAUCUAUUGAUGGCUGGCAGGCAAGAGCCCAACAAGGCUCUGAGACGGACAUUGAGGAUUCUGAAGAAAGUUCCAAUAGCCGUGGCUUCGUGCCGGACCGAGAGGUCCCCAACUCCCGUUUCAGCGACGACUCUGGAGUAGUCACGAACGAACAUCCAAGUUCCGCAACCGUCCAGUCGGAUCCAACACCAGAGCCGCAAGGGACUCAGCGUGGAGUUGGGGGGGCUUUUGAAUGGGAGGAGUUCCUGAAUGAUGACCCAAGCCUAUAUCUUGAGGGAGCACCUGAAGACCAACAGUUGGGUCAUCGCAUUGAUAUGGACUGUUGGUUAGAUGAAUGGCCAUUCACUAAUUACGAUCAGCCGUUUGGGGAAAGUUCUGGGGCGCAGGCAUAG